UGAAAUUCAAAAUUUUGUACCAGCAGCUCAAAGCUACUAGGUAAAAAAUGUCACGAGAGAAAACCGGAGGAAUAUUGGUGGUUCAUCAAUACGAAUCAAACCGAACCAAGUCAUAAACCGGUUCAUAGAAAGAUAAGAAGACAGACAAUCAGUCAUCACUUUGGUCUCGUUGAGCCUUUCGUCUAUCUCUCACCUGAAAGAAAGACGUUCAGCUUUCUCUUUCCAAAAUCAAAAGCUCUCCGAUCAGUUUCUCCGGCUUAGGAAAUUAAUUGAAGGAAGGUGAUGAGAGGUACUACUGAGAAUACGGAUCUGUUCGAUCCCAAAACCCAAAUGGAUCCUGACUUCACUCGUCAUGGUUCUUCCUCCGACGGCGAUUUUGGAUUCGCUUUUAACGACAGUAACUUCUCUGAUCGUUUGCUUCGGAUCGAGAUCAUGGGUGGACCUUCGGAUUCUCGGUCUGAAGUUGAAGGGUGUACGAGUAUCGCUGAUUGGGCUCGUCAUCGCAAGAGAAGAAGAGAAGAUAUCAAGAAGGAAUCUGGUGUCACGAUUUCAGACAUUGUGGCAUGUCCUGAGGAGCAGAUUUUAACUGAUGAACAACCUGACAUGGAUGGAUGUCCUGGUGGUGAGAAUCCUGAUGAUGAAGGAGGAGAGGCAAUGGUUGAAGAAGCUUUAUCAGGUGAUGAAGAGGAAACGUCUAGUGAGCCAAACUGGGGAAUGGAUUGUUCUACAGUUGUUAGGGUUAAAGAACUUCAUAUUAGUUCUCCUAUUUUAGCUGCCAAAAGCCCUUUCUUUUACAAGUUGUUCUCCAAUGGAAUGAGGGAAUCUGAGCAAAGGCAUGUCACCCUUAGGAUUAAUGCAUCAGAGGAAGCUGCUUUGAUGGAGCUUUUAAACUUUAUGUAUAGCAAUGCGGUAUCUGUCACCACAGCACCUGCCUUAUUAGAUGUGUUGAUGGCUGCUGAUAAGUUUGAAGUUGCCUCUUGUAUGAGGUACUGCAGUAGACUUCUCCGUAAUAUGCCUAUGACUCCAGAGUCUGCCCUGCUCUAUCUCGAGCUUCCCUCUAGUGUUCUAAUGGCCAAAGCUGUUCAGCCUUUAACUGAUGCUGCAAAACAGUUCCUUGCAGCCCGCUACAAGGAUAUUACCAAGUUUCAUGAGGAGGUAAUGUCUCUACCUUUGGCUGGAAUUGAGGCAAUUCUAUCAAGCGAUGAACUCCAAAUUGCAUCAGAGGAUGCAGUUUAUGAUUUUAUCUUGAAGUGGGCAAGGGCGCAAUACCCUUGUUUGGAAGAGCGAAGAGAGAUUCUCGGGUCACGCCUUGCACUCUCCAUCCGCUUCCCAUUCAUGACAUGCCGAAAGCUGAAGAAAGUGCUGACUUGCAGUGACUUUGAGCAUGAAAUAGCAUCAAAGCUUGUUCUAGAAGCUCUUUUCUUCAAAGCAGAAGCCCCACACAGACAACGUAGCCUAGCCUCCGAAGAAUCUGCAUCCCUGAACCGCCGCCUGAUAGAGAGGGCUUACAAAUACAGACCCGUCAAAGUGGUCGAGUUUGAGCUUCCUAGACCGCAGUGUGUAGUCUACCUAGACUUGAAAAGAGAAGAAUGUGGGGGACUGUUCCCGUCGGGUAGAGUGUAUUCGCAGGCCUUUCACUUGGGAGGUCAAGGGUUUUUCCUGUCAGCUCACUGCAACAUGGACCAACAGAGCUCGUUCCACUGUUUCGGGCUGUUCCUAGGGAUGCAGGAGAAAGGGUCGGUGAGUUUCGGAGUGGACUAUGAAUUCUCGGCAAGGUCAAAGCCCGCAGAGGAUUUCAUAAGCAAAUACAAAGGGAACUACACAUUCACAGGAGGGAAAGCAGUAGGUUACAGAAACCUGUUUGGGGUCCCAUGGACGUCUUUUAUAGCGGAAGAUAGUCAAUACUUCAUCAAUGGCAUUCUCCAUCUCAGAGCAGAGCUUACCAUCAAAAGGUCUACAGAUCCUUAGUGACCGUUUACUUCUCAAUUGUCACUGUCUCUCUUUCCUUUACCUGCUGCUAAAUCUCUCGCUCUCUCUAACUUGCCUUUUUUUUCUUUUCUUUUAUAAGGCUUGAAGAAGACUAAUAAAGCUUAUAAAAGUAAGGUUAAAAACGUUUCGACGACAACGUUAUAAGAAGAAUGUAAAUGCGUUCUUUUUUUCUAUCUACCCUUACUCUUUUGGCUUUGGAUUAUAAGUUUAACUCUUCAAUGAAAUUCUUAGCGUAGAGAUUCUUGUAUUAUGAACGAAGUUGUGAACAGAAAAGAACGAACGUAACUCUCUCGUCUCAUUUAACUAAUUUAUCUAGUUGGAUUGAAAUAGACAUGACUUUUCGAUUUGGG